AUGGCUACUGUUGCGAAGAAAAAGAGAAAAAUACUGAAUGAAGAGGAAUAUAUAAAGGGUGUAGAAGAUAUUAUCCAGCGUGAUUUCUUCCCUGAUUUACCCCAACUUCGCGAUCACUCUGAAUAUGCCAAAGCAUUAGAAACCAACGACUUGGCAAAAUUAAGAGAAAUUUCCGAACGUAGACUACUUCAAGAAGAAAAUUCUGUUCUCGAAGCUACCCCAUCAACAUUUGAAACACCUACUAUUGAUAGUGUGCGAUCAACUUCGAGAUCAAACAACACCAAUCAGGCUAAAGCCGAAGACAAUGAAAGUAGUAAACCCGAUACCAAUGUAUCCUUGGAUACUUUUAUGACACGAAAUAUCAGCGAAGACGAAGCAUCUUUCCAUAAUCUUAUGAAAAUUGCUAAACAGCGACAACGUGAAAAAUACAGCUAUCUAUACGAGAAAGAAGCUGCUAGCCAAACUAAUAAUGACGAUUCAUUGGCCAUCACCGACGGUAAUGAAAAGAAAAAACUACAAGAAUGGCCUUAUCGUGUAAGAAAUUGCCUUAUGUAUUAUCCCGACGGUGUAGACAAGACUACCGAAGAAAUACUCAAAGACCGCGGUCUUAAUGCAAGAGAGGUGCAAUGCCAUAAUACGAGAUACCAAAAUAAAUCGAUAGAUGAACAGCGACAACGAGGUGCUAUUGCUGCUGCUGCUACUACUUCAGCUAAGCAGGCAAUACUGGCGCAAUCUGGGAAAAUUGACGUAGAUGGCAAACCUUAUGUUGAUGAAUCUAGUCCAGCGGUGAACGGUUACGGAUUUGUCAGUACUCCUCAAAUAGAGCCAGGACUUGAUAUGACACCUGUAAUGACUUGGGGUACGAUCGAGAGUACACCCAUGCGCAUCGAAGGUGAUGCUACUCCUGGUCCUAUAUUUAAAAUUCCUGAGCCUCCUGAACGGGAGAAGUUAGGCCUUAAAUUAUCGAAGGAAAUUUCUCGCAAGCAAAGAGAAAGUAAAAGAAAUUCCAGUAUAUCCGUAUUAAAAGCUAGCCCUCGUAAUAAUUUUAUGUCGCCUGCCGAGAAGCUGAGCAUGUUAUCUCCAGCUGCUAAAAGAUUGGUAAAUAAAGGCUUCGGAUCAAAAUCAAUUGACGUUGCUUUACGUCAAAGUUAUAGUCCGUCCCCACUACGCACUAAUGGAACUCCAAAACCGAACUCUAGUCUGACGCCGAAAAUAAAUUAUGCAACGAAUACACCGACACAAAAACCUUCCACGCCAUCCCUUACCGACAAUAUGCUAAAGCUACCAAAAUAA